UGACAGUGUGUCUGUCUGUUUGUCAGUCUGGUUCCCUUUAUACUGGAAGUUGGUUCGUUCAGCCCCAGAGUGAUCCCGGACACCGCGUUCCUGGCCUCCGUGUUCGUGCUUUUUCGUGGUGGGAUAUAUGUGCUCUGGCUUGACCCCCCCCCCCCCCGGACUGCGUCAUUAGCCCUCUGCCGCGUCCUCAUCCAUUUAGCCUUGAAUAGUUCACUCCCCAGCCAGCCGACCCGCUCGCUCGAAUAUGGCUUGACCCAGUCCCUCGCCAGCCCAGGCCCACUCACGCCCACCUCCGCUCCGCCCUCUGGUGUGUCUGGUGGCUUCUUUGGGAUUGGCUGUUUCGAGAUUGGCGCUGUGGCCGCGCCCCAUGACGUCGCACGCCCUCGGAUGUGGCCAUGGCCCGGAGCCUCCCGGUCCAUCUGAUUUGGGCUCAUCCAGCGGGCCCUCAGCGCCUGCACCCGCACCGACCAUCCAUGGCAGUCCUAUGGGGCGGCCGUUGGGUCUGACUGGCCCGGGUUCGAGUUUGAGCCUGGGGGCCGAACUCAUCCGGGUCCAUUACGCGUGUCGCCCUCAGACCCCUUACGUGAGCUCUUUGAAGCCUGCAAGAGCGGCGAUGUGGGUCGCGUGCGCGAAAUGGUCAACCCGGGCAAUGUGAACGCUCGUGACACGGCUGGACGGAGAUCUUCGCCGCUGCAUUUUGCCGCAGGUUAUGGACGGCGCGAAGCCGUGGAACAUCUGCUGACCGUAGGAGCCAAUGUGCAUUCCCGCGACGAUGGGGGUCUCAUCCCGUUGCACAAUGCUUGCUCUUUCGGCCACGCCGAAGUGGUGCAACUCUUGUUCAACGCCGGGGCCGAUCCCAACGCCCGCGAUAGUUGGAACUACACCCCGCUGCACGAAGCCGCCAUCAAGGGCAAAACCGAUGUGUGCGUGCUCCUGCUUCAACACGGAGCUGAUCCCUCGGUCCGGAACUCUGAGGGUAAGACCCCGCUGGAGACAGCCGACCCGCUGACCAAACUGGUGCUGACCGGCGAGUUUAAGAAAGACGAAUUGCUCGAGGCCAGUCGGAGUGGCAACGAGGAGAAGCUCAUGUCGUUGCUCACGCCGCUCAAUGUUAAUUGUCACGCGUCCGACGGCCGCAAGUCGACGCCGCUCCAUUUGGCCGCCGGCUACAACCGGACUCGAAUCGUGCAACUCCUUCUUCAGCACGGGGCGGAUGUCCACGCCAAAGACAAGGGCGGCUUGGUGCCCUUGCAUAACGCUUGCUCCUAUGGCCACUUUGAAGUGACCGAGUUGCUGGUUCGACAAGGCGCUAACGUCAAUGCCAUGGACUUAUGGCAAUUCACGCCCUUGCACGAGGCUGCCUCCAAGGGGAGGAGUGAAGUGUGCUCCCUACUCUUAAGUCACGGCGCUGAUCCCGUGGCCCGUAACUGUCACUCCAAGUCGGCCAUCGACGUGGCUCAGUCCCCAGAGCUCAAAGAUCGCAUUCAGGCCGAGUGGAAGGGUCACUGUCUGCUGGAAGCUUGUCGACAAGCGGAUCAGCAGAAAGUGCGCAAGUGUCUGUCCAUUUUCACCAUCAACUUCAAGCACCCCUAUACAAUGGACACGCCCAUGCAUUGUGCCGUCGUGUCUCCCUUCCCCAAGCGCAAAGCCGUGGUGGAAUUUCUCCAGCGAAAAGGGGCCAACUUGAAUGAUAAAAACAAAGACCUCUUGACCCCUUUGCAUUUGGCCGCUGAUAAGAGCCAUUACGAAAUCAUGGAUAUCUUGCUAAAGAACGGCUCCAAAGUCAACGCGUUGGACAGCCACGGUCAGACCAGCUUACAUCGAUGUGCUCGGGAGGGCAAUAUUCAGGCCUGUCGGAUUCUGCUUAGUUUUGGGGCCGAUCCCGCCAUCGUCUCACUUCAGGGCUACACAGCCGCCCAGUUGGCCACGGAUCCCACUCGGACUCUCUUGACCGAGGAUCCGCCCAGUAACGGGGCCGUCGGUGCCGACGUUGAGUAUCAGCUACUGGAAGCAGCCAAAGCUGGAGACUUGGAAUUGGUCAAACGUAUCGUCGAGAGCCACCCCCACAUAGUCAAUUGCCGGGAUUUAGAUGGGCGUCACUCGACUCCACUGCAUUUCGCUGCCGGGUAUAAUCGUGUGGGUGUGGUCGAGUUCCUCCUCUCCAACCAGGCCGAUGUCCACGCCAAGGAUAAGGGGGGUUUGGUGCCCCUUCAUAACGCUUGCUCUUACGGCCACUAUGAAGUCACGGAGUUGCUGGUCAAGCACGGGGCGUCAGUCAAUGUGUCGGAUUUGUGGAAGUUUACGCCUCUACACGAAGCGGCAGCCAAGGGAAAGUAUGAGAUUGUGAAGUUGUUGCUGAAGCACGGGGCAGAUCCAACGAAAAAGAAUCGAGACGGACACACUCCGAUCGAUCUAGUGAAAGAGGGCGAUCAAGAUAUUCUGGACCUUCUACAAGGAGAUUCGGCUCUUCUGGACGCUGCCAAACGAGGCAACUUGACACGAGUGCAGAAACUGCUCACUGCCGACAAUAUCAAUUGCAGAGAUUCUCAGGGAAGGAAUUCCACUCCAUUACAUUUAGCGGCUGGCUACAACAACUUGGAGGUGGCUGAAUUUCUGUUGGAAAAUGGUGCGGAUGUGAACGCUCAAGAUAAGGGCGGUCUCAUUCCUUUGCACAAUGCCUCAUCUUACGGCCAUCUAGACAUUGCUGCGCUCUUGAUCAAGUUCAAGACUGUUGUUAAUGCCACGGACAAGUGGGGCUUCACCCCAUUGCACGAGGCAGCUCAGAAAGGAAGGACCCAAUUGUGUGCUUUGCUGCUUAAUCACGGUGCCGAUCCUACGCUCAAGAAUCAAGAAGGCCAGAGACCUUUGGAUUUGUGCUCGGCGGAUGAUGUCAAAUGUCUUCUCACCGAUGCGAUGCCCACCACAUUGGCCCUGCCAACCACCAGCAAAGCCAAUGCGCCCUCAAUGUCUUCCCUCUCCCGCAUGGCGGCCAUGGGAUCGCUACCCGCACCUGCUGGAGCUGCGGCACCGAAUUCCGCCUCUAAUUCCGCCUCGAUUACUUCCACAACUCCUGCCAUAACCACCAACGCAUCCAGUGGUGCCGAAUCAGUGGUCAUGCCAUCUGGCUCGACCUUUCCUGUGGUACCAGCCAUUCCCAUUGCCGCACCUGCGGGUGUGGGAGUUGGUUAUCCAAUGCCGCAUCCGGGAGAUGGAAGCAUGGACUUCACCAAGACCGAAAUGGUUACUCCAGAAACGAGCUUGAACAUGAGCAUGAGCGCCUUUUUGGCUAGCUUGUCAUUGGAAGGACUCCGAGAAAUUUUCGAUCGCGAGCAAGUCACCGUGGAUAUUUUGGCUGACAUGGGCCAUGAAGAUCUGAAGCAAAUCGGUAUCACCGCCUUUGGGCAUCGUCAUAAACUCAUCAAAGGAUUGGAGAAACUCAUGUCCGGCAAUGCGCCCGUCAUUUGGCAACCUCCGCCCAGCUCAAACCACCAAUCCACGGUAUUGGUUGACAUUCCUCCCGAAGAUGAGGAGUUCAAGGCCGUCUUUGAGGAGAUGCAAUCGACCAUUCGGGAGCAUCGUGAUCAAGGUCAUGCAGGAGGAGUGUUUCUCAAAUAUAAGGUGGAAAAGGUUCAGAAGAUUCGGAACGUCAAACUUUGGGAGCGAUAUUCUCAUCGUCGGCGUGAAGUGGCUGAAGAGAAUCACAACCAGAGCAACGAGCGAAUGCUUUUCCAUGGGUCGCCCUUCCUCCAAGCCAUUGUUCAGAAAGGCUUUGACGAACGCCACGCCUACAUUGGGGGCAUGUUUGGUGCUGGGAUCUAUUUUGCCGAACACUCGUCCAAGAGCAAUCAAUACAUCUAUGGCAUUGGCGGAGGGAUGGGUUGCCCUAUGCACAAAGAUCGAUCUUGCUAUAUUUGCCACAGACAACUGUUAUUGUGUCGAGUCGCUCUUGGCAAGUCAUUCCAUCAAUUUAGUGCAAUGAAAAUGGCACAUGCCCCGCCAGGCCAUCAUUCAGUGGUGGGUAGACCCUCUGUAGGCGGGCUCUCAUUUCCAGAAUAUGUCGUUUACCGCGGAGAACAGGCCUAUCCAGAAUAUCUGAUAACCUAUCAAAUUGUCAAACCCGAACCUAGCGCCCUUGAGGAGGCCGGAAUCGAAGUAACUCCAUAAACUCCAAUGACCACGAUCUUGCCCUCGCUCCGCCUUCGCCUCCACGCCAAUCCUCCCCCUUCCGGCUGCCCUCUUCCGAGAGAAAACUCCGCCAAUCUCGUACAUAGCUUCAAUUCAGGGGAAUAAGUCGAGUUUGGUCACGUACACAUAUCCAUUUUGUAUGUACCGGAUAGACUUAUUCCCCACGCCCUUUCCACGAUACUAAUGAUACCGAUGACGUUUCGAUGAAUUUCUCAUCUCCAUGAUGUAACAGAGAAAUCAACCUUAUUCAGGUCUCGAGGCGAGUGAUGCCCUCCUAACUUAAACUUUCCUCCCUAGCCUACAUAUAAGCAAACAAACAACCAAUACCUAUCACGAGGGUUGCUUUGUAUGUGACGAUACUGUGAUGUUCCUUUCUCUCUCUAAUGAAGAAAAUUUCGCUCUAUUUUGAAGAAAAACACGAUGCUCGUAUUAAUUAUGAUAAUAUACAUAUAUCUAUCCGAACAAA